GAUACAUGAUAUGGAAUUUUAAAAAACGAGGAUGCCAACUAUGAAUAUGAGAUGAUGUGGAAUGCAGAAGGCUCAAUGCAUCUUAUAAAGAAACCUUUGAAGACAUCCACUUCAAAUUCUAAUGAAAGAAGCUUAGGAGAAAGGGGUAAUGUUGUAAUGCGGCCAACUGCUAGAAAAAAUAUUGGUCAAGAAGGAGACUUCUCCAUGAAUAUGGAUAUCGCUUCAAGCUCCGGGCCUGACCCUCUAGCAAGAAUACCUCCCAGAACAGGCAAAUCAAGGACAACAAUUAUAAUCCAAAGAUUACUACGCAUGCGGCGAAUGCUGAUCGUUAUUGCUGCAGUCAACGUUCCUAUUUACAUGAUGUUGCUAUUCAAGGAUUGGAUUGACAAGUAAAGAUGAGAUUCAUAUGUGAGUUAUAGCAUUCAGGUUUUACAUUAAGAUUUUGUGGAGUAUCGCAAUCUGAAUCUCAAUUCCGUACCGCACAAGGCCAAUUUCUUACAUGUGAUGGUGGAGGCUGCACUGUCUCUGCAAUAGCAAAAUCACCUUCAACAUCAGAGACAUUUGGUUAGGAACCUGUCUCUGCGGAUUUACAGGAUGACCAACUUCUCCCGAUUAUAUUUCAAAGUCGUUACAUGUUAUCGAGUUUUUAAUAUCUCGGUAAAGUUGUUUCCCUUUCACCAUUUCAUCUGUUAAACACAAUUCGUGUUAGAAU